AUGAAUGGUACUACUUCCAUUGUUGGGGCAACAACGACUACUGACCCAGCUACCACGGUCGUCUGGGGAGAUUACACAUACAUCCGAUCGAUUGAAACUGACACUGUGGGCGGAAGUACCACUAUCAUCGGUGGCACGACAAUGGCCCCCACAGGCAUCAUUGUCACCCCUAACCCCUAUCCAACCACGGUUCCAACCACGCAUGACACAAAAUUGAACCCGAAGACAACAUCUUGGACCUCUGGAAGUCCUCCAUCCCCUACCAGUUCCCCUGGAUGUAUUCUGUUCUGCGACUCGGAUUGUCCAUUCUGUCCACCUGGCGUUCUUGGCUCUGAGGGGGGCAGUUCUGGUGGCAGUGAUAGCGGUGACGACGAUAACUCUUCCACGAAGACAGAAAGCGAAUCCAGCAGUACGAGCACCGAGCCUUUGGCCACAUACACAGUUCUUUAUGCUGAAGAGGUCGACGAUGAUUUUCCCGCCACAUACGCCGCAGCAGCCGAUCUUUCUGCACUUGCUACCUCUGUUUCCUCGGCAUGGAAUUCUGAGUUCCCCCUGAGCACUACCUCUAGCUCUGGUUCUAGUUCUGGCUCUGGCUCUGAUACCACAUCAUCAAAAACCACAUCUAAGUCCACUGCAACCACCGCAAGCGCCACAGCCACCCCAUCUAACAUUGCCGCAUUCCUCCUCUUUACGGAGUACGCGGGUGACACAUGGAUAUUCCAAUGGUGGGUGAUUGAUGAAAAUACUGAAAGCGUCACAGAUGUUUGCGACACCAGCGCCGACAUCGAGGCGAGCGCCGAUACGGUAGGGCCAAACCCUGAUUAUCCCGACUCGGACAUCGGACCGUUCGAGAGUCAUGGUAUAUCAGGAUGUCAGUAUACGGCGGGUAAGAAGAAUACGAUCGGAACCAUGGCCUGUCCCGGGGUGGAUAGUAUUACGUGCGAGAAGGAUCCGCAGUAUAAUGAAGAUUUUGAAUGUGAUGGGCCGGUGAUGGUUGCUGUUAUGAGGUGCUUAUGGUAG